UUCUUGCAUUAGACUGAGACCGGACCAGGACACAAUUAGGAUUUUAAUCCAUUUUCACCUUUUUAUUUUUGAGAUUUUGCAACUUUUUAACCUUGUACUCUGGUGUAUUAACUCUAAUAACAAGGAUUAAUACACGCAUUUUACCCAUGAUGAUCUCUGAAAGGCUUUUCUCUCAAAACAGAAUAGACCAUUAUAUUUGAUACUGAAAGCAAUUUAUUUUUCAUACCUCCUUCUUUUCAUGUUUAGAUGUUUCCAAUGUGGUCUUUUUUGGUUGUGGUCGAUGUAACAGCAAUUUCAAAAAAAAAAAAAAACCUGUACACUUUAAAAUAAUUAUUAUAGAAAUAAAAUCAAAUUUAGAAAAUAAAAGCAGCUCUCUAACAUAUCAAGCGAUGUGGUAUCCAGUGAUAGUGACUGUGACAGAUAGCAGGUUUGUACUUUAAUAUAAAGGAGACCAAAGUAAUGAAGGAUGCUGACAGUGUUUCUGUCUGUUUUGAUUUCAGAUCCAACAGAGAACCUGUUGAAAGAAAGCAAAGGAGCAUCCUGGGCUCCGAUAAACACAGGAGUGCAAAAAGGCAGUGGUCAGAUCCAGCUGUGGCAGUUCCUGCUGGAGCUCCUCUCUGACAGCACCAACAUGUCGUGCAUCGCCUGGGAGGGCACCAACGGCGAAUUCAAACUCAUCGACCCGGACGAGGUGGCACGGCGUUGGGGGGAGCGCAAAAGCAAACCCAACAUGAACUACGACAAGCUGAGCCGCGCGCUGCGCUACUACUACGACAAAAACAUCAUGACCAAAGUGCACGGAAAGCGGUACGCCUAUAAGUUUGAUUUCCACGGCUUGGCGCAGGUGUGUCAGCCUACCACCACUGAGCAGGCCCUCUACAAAUUUCAAGGCAACUUCUCCCCGAUCCCCUUCGCCGGGAUAUCCAAACUGAACCUCGUGGGCCCCGGCGUGGGGCCGUCAGGUUUCUCCUACUGGCCCGGUGCCCCCCCUGCGGCUCUGUAUCACAGCCACAGCCUGCAGCCUCCAGGGCCUUUUGGCACCGUGUCCCCGUCUCACAUCAGCUGUGUCAACAACAUCAGCAGUCUGAGUAACAUCAAUAGCCAUUACAACUGACUCUGAGCGCAUCUGUUAGACAAACUGGAACAUGAAAUCACCACAGGUAAUACAGCGACCGACGGCGAGAGAUGACAACGAAGACUGAAGGAGCAGUGUUGGCAGUUUGUGGGUAAAAACAGAAUCUUAAUUUGUAUAUGAGGAAAGCUUUGCGCAAACUACGCGGGCCUUUUCUAAACGUGUACUUACGGACCUGUAGGCAUGUAAAUGCGACUGUGGCAUUGGUCUGAAAAGCUCUUAGAACGUGUAACUGUAAGAAAAAUGUUUUGCCAUUUUUUAAGGUAAGAGAAAAGCAGUAGAAUUACGCACAGGUUGAAAUUUUACGCACGAUAAUUCAUCCACGAGUUCAAUUUUAAUUGAGCCCCGAAGUUAUGUCACAGUAUCUAUAAUGAGAUGGAAAUAGGAGAUCAGCGUGUAGAAAAUAUAAUUAUCAGUAGGGACAAACAUAUGUUUUAUAUAUUCAUUUGGUCUCAACCUUUUUUUUCUGAUCCUCUGCACUCCUCCCUCUCUAAGUUGUGCCAUUGUUUAACAUAUAAGUGGUGUGUGGUUGCGCAAAUCAUAGUUAUUACUGGACUAUUGGCGCCAUCUCGUGGUUUUGGAAUGAUCUUAUAAUAAUAAUAAUAAUAAUAAUAAUAAUAAUAAUAAUAAUAAUAAUAAUAACAAUGGUCUUA